GCAGGGGUGCUGUACAGUCAGAAGCAGUGCUUCGGCACGUGUCGUUCAAUUCCGUUGCCAUUCGCUCUAUGGUUGUUAAUAGCGUUGCGUUACUAGGGAAGAAAAGUAGUACGGACGAGUAUGCUUUUUGGAGAGUCCACCAUUACAAGGAAGCCACAUUUCUGCUAACGUUUGUUUACAAGGAGAAUAUGUCCAGUGCCAUUUUAUAGUUGUAUUUCAUAUUGUGCCAUGUUUCAUGCAUUUAAGAAACAGAAAGAAAUUUACAAGAGACAGUAUGGUGAAAGUUUUGAAUAUUUAACUUGUUUCCUCACAAGAUUACUCCAUCAUUCAUUCAGUGAUGCACCUUAUGUACAAAUGUCUGUAGUUGCUGUGUACCAGACCUCUAAGAAUGAGCUAUCAGAAUGGCCUGCUGUCAGGCACAGUGGGUCUAGAUCACGCAAUGUUAAAAGAUAGCAAAAACCUGAAGGAUGUACAAGCAGAACAAGAAACAGGAGAUAGGGGUGAAAUUUGUGCUAAAGAAAACUGUGGCAAAGAGACAGUAUUUCAAAAUGAUACUUUAAUGCUUCCUGCUGAAGAAUUUUGUAAUGGUAGCCAGGGAUUUUUACCAAGGCCACCCAAUGUAUCAAAGCAUUCUUUAAUGCCAAAUGCCAAUGAAGCAUCUUUACUUGAAGAAAAAAACAGGCGAAGACUAUUGAAAGCAAGUCAGGCAAACACAAUAGAGCCAAUAAGCAAUGGAUCUUCAAAUGGAUCAAAGAAAGAACUUGCAGACCAUCCUGUUUCAAGCAGUACAUUAAAAUGUGUUGAAGGACCUUUGCCAGCUAGUGUGAAUACCAGUCUUUAUUUGAUGGAGCCAGUAUCUGUCAGAGAUGGUAAUGGAGUUUCAGACUCUGAAAUUAAGAAUGCUGAUGAUGAUUUUAGUGCCCUUUUUGGACUUAAACAAAGUAACAUUUCUUUGGCCACCAGUAAACUGCCACCAGUUACGCACACUGGGGUUUUGCCCCCUGUGGGUCUUAAUGUUGUGUCUUCUGCACUAAGAACAACUAAUAGGAUUGAUCAAGACUGUGUGGAUUAUGGUAUAAUUUAUCAGGACAAGUUUGUAAGGCAAAACAGUGGCCUUAGUGAAGGCAGGCUGCACAAUACUGUGGUAUCAGAUAGCUGUUCUGCAAAUUCUGUGACAUCUGCAGUUAGCGUCAUGCUUCCACUUCGUUCAAAAGAUGUUCGAAACAGGAGCUAUUUGAAAGGUAGCCUGUUAUCAAGUGGUGCUCUGAUGGGAGCUGAAGAGCUAGAUCGAUAUUUCCCUGAUAGAAGAAUUGGGAUAUAUGUUGCCACAUGGAAUAUGCAGGGCACCAAGGAGCUCCCAGAGAAUUUGGAUGACUUGCUGUUGCCUUCUGAUGCAGAUUUUGCACAGGAUAUGUAUGUUAUUGGAGUUCAAGAAGGAUGUGCAGAGAGGGAUCAGUGGGAAAUACGUUUACAAGAAAUUUUGGGACCUCAUUUUGUUUUGCUGUAUUCUGCUGCACAUGGUGUACUCUUCCUAGCAAUUUUCAUAAGAAGAGAUCUUAUCUGGUUUUGUUCAGAGGUUGAAUUUGCAACUGUUACUACUCGCAUAAUUUCUCAAAUCAAGACCAAAGGAGCAGUAGGAGUCUGUUUUAUUUUCUUUGGGACAUCUUUUCUUUUCAUCAAUUCCCACUUCACAUCUGGAAAUGGAAAAGUAUAUGAAAGAAUUCUUGACUACAAUAAAAUAAUCGAAGCACUGGAUCUUCCACAAAACUUGCCUGAUACCCGUCCUCACCGAUCAACACCAUCGGAUGUCACUACUAGAUUUGAUGAGGUGUUCUGGUUCGGUGAUUUUAAUUUUCGAUUAAGUAAGGAUCGUGACAUUAUUGAUCAAAUUUUGAAAGAAAAUUUGGGCAGAGACAUGUCCAUUCUGCUGCAGUUUGACCAGCUAAGUAGAGAAAUUCAGGAAGGUUCUGUGUUCAAGGGAUUCAGAGAAGCUUCUAUUCAGUUUCCGCCAACCUACAAGUUUGAUGUUGGAUGUGAUAUAUAUGACAGUGGCAGAAAGCAAAGAAUUCCUUCAUUUACUGAUCGUAUACUGUAUAAAAGUCGUGAAAAAGAUGAUAUUCAUGUUGUAAAUUAUGAUUGCUGUUCUACUAUUAAAGCAUCAGACCACAGACCUGUAUAUGGCUCAUUCCAAGUUAAACUUAGGCCUGGAAGAGACAAUAUUCCAUUAGGAGCAGGUCAUUUUAACAGACAGCUAUACCUGGAAGGCAUUAAAAGAAGAUCUGCAAAAGAGCUCUGGCAAGGCCAAACCUUACGUGAUGCAAAAAACAGCUUAGUCUGCACUGUAUCCUGACACCCAGCCACUGGAGCUUUGUAAGAUGAUUUUGCAUUUAGAAUUAGGACACUUUGGCAAGCUUCAGUGCAUCCACUGUAUGAACUGCUGUUUUUCAACUGAAGUGCAGAACUGACAAUUUUAUCAUGGUGGUUUCACACAAGCAAUUGUGUGCUGAAGCUUCAGAAAAUCAGCAUUUUUCAAUCAUGUGUAAAGGAACUGUUGUACUAUGAACCACAAAUGUUUUGACUGUUAUGGCACUUAGCCAGCCAGCAGCAAAAGUGCCAGUUAGAUACAGAACAGAUAAAGCCCUAGCAAUCCUACUAAAAGCUUACUGAUGGUCCUAAAAUCUUACAACACCGGUUGAUUUGAGCUGUUUUUUGGAACAGUUAAGAAAUUUUAAGUUCUUGUGUUAAGAACCAGCUGGACCUCUCAUUUCUUAUUUAUAUAUGUUGAUGUUAUAUUUUAUUACUCUGACUCACCGAAUAUAAAAUAUUUUGCUACAGUUGCUCUAUGAAGGGAAUUAACAGCUGAUCAGAAGUAAUCACAUAUGGAAGAAUGUUACAUUACAAAACAUCUAAAUUGUAGCAUUUGCCUAUUCAACAAAAACAGUUUGCAGAUUAAAAUACUUUUCUUGCUAA